GAACAGGUGUGUCUGAUCACACAGGUGUGACUCCUCCUCCACCUCAUCAUCAUCAUCAUCAUCAGGUCAGAGUGUUGGUGGUGGUGAGACAGGAUGCUGUCUGUCUGUCUGCUAUCGGUCUGUCUGAUCAGGCUUCACUCAGCUGAACUCAGUCAGAGAUCAUCAGACUCACCAGCUGCUACUGGAGGAGGAGGUACAACCAAUAGAUCUCUACAUGUUACUGUUACUGCAGAUUCCCUCCAGAAUCAGAUCCAGAAUCAGCUGAAUGUGACUUUAAACGAGAAGCUGCAGGAACAUGGUGAAACUUUCUCUGGACUCUUUGGAUUCACUGAGCUGUCGGGGGUGCGGUCCUUCAGUCCAGAACAGGAGCAGGAGUCCAGGAUCAUCGGGGGUCAGGAAGCCUGGUCUCACUCGUGGCCCUGGCAUGUUUCUCUUCGGUUCGCCACCAUGCCGGCCUGCGGAGGAGCCAUCAUUGGACCCACCUGGGUCCUCACGGCUGCUCACUGCUUCAAAAGGUACAACAAAGCUUCUUUCUGGACGGUUCUGGCUGGAAAACACGACCUGGAAAAUCCUGAUGAAGCUGGACAGCAGCUGGUGGGCGUCUCCAUGAUCAUCAAGCAUGGCGGCUACAACAGCCGGACCAAAGAGAGCGAUGUGGCGCUGCUGAAGCUGCAGCAGCCGCUGAUCUUCAACCGCUUCGUCAGACCCAUCGACAUCUGGAUGACCUCGCUGCCCCCCUUCAGGAAGUGUACCGUCACCGGCUGGGGCGCCACCCGAGAGAACGGAGCCAGAGUACACCGGCUCCAGGAGGUCAAUGUAACCAUCCUGCCCCCUGAUGUCUGUAACCGGUUCUACCGCGGGAGGAUGCGACCCUCCAUGUUCUGUGCUGGGAAGGACGGAGGAGGAGCCGACGCCUGCCAGGACCCUGUUUCUGUCUCAGGGGGACUCUGGAGGUCCUCUGUCCUGCUUCACCGGCAGCAGGUACGAGUUGGCGGGUUUGGUGAGCUGGGGGAUCGGUUGUGGACGAGCCACAAGGCCAGGAGUCUACACCAACGUCAAACAUCAGACUCAGUGGAUGUCUGACAUCAUGAGUACGUGUCCCAGAUCACCCAACAC